AUGGCAGGAAUAAUGAAGAAGAUCAAAGAAACAGUGCAGAGCCAUAAGAAGCAACACGAUGGGGAGAAUGGAGCUGAAGGAGGUGGGAUUGUGGAGAAGAUGAAGGAGAAGAUCCAUGGUUACAAAGAGAAAAACAAAGAGAAGAAGAAGCAAAGGAAGGAGAGGAAGGAGAAAAAAGAAAAAGAGAAGGAGAAAAAAGCCAAAGAAAAAGCAGAAGAAGAUGGUGGCGAAAGCAGCGAUGGCGAUAGCGACGACAGUGGCGGUGGGAGCGACUAA